GAGCCAGCAAUUCCAACACCAGAUCGGCGCUGCUGCUAGUGUAGCUCGGCAAAUAACAACCCAGCAUCCAGACAACUACAUUACUCGUGCAUCCCGCCAUCGGACAUCAUUCUCCCAUUUCUUGCCUUUCCGUUUUUGACAGCGACAACUUCCUCCUUUCCUUCCAUCCAUCGUUCUGCAGAUACCCCGACGCAAUGGCACCUCGAGUUAUCGUUGUUGGCGGCGGCCUGUCUGGCCUCAGCGCUGCCCACACUAUCUACCUCGCCGGCGGUAACGUCGUUGUCCUGGACAAGCAGGGCUUCUUCGGCGGCAACUCCACAAAGGCCACCUCCGGCAUCAACGGUGCCCUCACGAGGACACAGGUCGAGCACGGCAUUCAGGACAGCGUCAAGCAGUUCUACGAUGACACGCUCAAGUCCGCCCGCGACAAGGCGAGACCAGAUCUCAUCAAGGUACUGACCUACAAGUCCGCUGCUGCCGUCGAGUGGCUGCAGGAUGUGUUCAAUCUCGAUCUCACCCUCGUUUCGCGAUUGGGUGGCCAUUCGCAGCCCCGUACCCAUCGUGGCCAUGAUGCUAAGUUCCCCGGCAUGGCAAUCACCUAUGCUCUGAUGCAGAGACUCGAGGAGCUCGCUGAGACCGAGCCCCACCGGGUUCAGAUCAUCAAGAAGGCGCGUGUUACCGGCCUCAACAAGGAGGGCAACACCAUCACUGGUGUCAAGUAUGAGCACAAUGGCGAGACCCUCUCGCUCGAGGGCCCAGUCGUGCUAGCCACCGGUGGUUAUGCUGCCGAUUUCGGCGAGGGCUCUUUGCUCAAGCAGCACCGGCCGGACACCUAUGGCCUGGCUACCACCAACGGCUCGCACGCCACUGGCGAUGGCCAGAAGAUGGUCAUGGCCAUUGGCGGCAACGGAAUCGACAUGGACAAGGUGCAGGUUCACCCCACUGGACUUGUCGAUCCCAAGGACCCCGGGUCCAAGUGGAAGUUCUUGGCCGCCGAGGCUCUUCGUGGCGAGGGCGGUAUUCUCUUGAACGCUGACGGUGACCGCUUCUGCGACGAGCUCGGCCACCGUGACUACGUCUCGGGCAUGAUGUGGAAGGAGAAGGACAAGGGCAAGUUCCCUAUCCGCCUCAUCCUCAAUUCCAAGGCUUCCAACACCCUCGACUUCCACACCCGCCACUACUCCGGCCGUGGCCUCAUGAAGAAGAUGUCUGGCAAGGAGCUUGCCAAGGAGAUUGGUUGCACCCCAGAGCACCUCCAGAAGACCUUCCAGACCUAUAACGCCAUCGCAGAGGGCAAGCAGAAGGACCCUUGGGGCAAGAAGUUCUUCCACAACAUGCCCCUUGAUAUCAGCGACACCUUCCACGUCGCCGUGAUGGAGCCCGUGCUCCACUUCACCAUGGGUGGUAUUGAGAUCAACGACAAGGCCCAAGUCCUCAACAAGGAGGGGAAGCCAUUCGAGGGCCUAUUCGCCUGUGGUGAGCUUGCCGGCGGUGUCCACGGUGCCAACCGUCUUGGUGGAUCAUCCCUCCUUGGCUGCGUCGUCUACGGUCGUGUCGCCGGUGACACUGCCAGCAACUACCUCUUCCAACAGGUGCUCAAGGGCUCUACCGGCGCGUCCCGCCUUGGCCAGAUCGCCCUGCACAUUGAUCCCUCAACGCCAGGCAAAAUUUCGGUUGAGUGGGCUGGUGCUACUAGCGGCACCGAGGCCCCCAAGGCGCAACCCGUGUCGGCCGGCGCCCCCAAGCAGGAGACGAAGACCAACGACCCCAAGAAUUUCACCAUCCCUGACAAGGAGUACACCAUGGAGGAGGUUGCCAAGCACAACAAGAAGGAAGACCUCUGGGUUGUUGUCAAGGGCGUUGUGCUUGACCUGACUAAUUGGCUCGACGAGCACCCGGGUGGUCCGCAGGCGCUCCUCAACUUCAUGGGUCGCGACGCCACCGAGGAGUUCGAGAUGCUCCACGACGACGAGGUCAUCCCCAAGUAUGCGCCGUCGCAGGUCAUCGGGCGGGUCAAGGGCCAAAAGGUCACACUGGAGAUCUGAAACUUAUGACUUCUCACACACAGUACGGCGCUGCUUGGGGCUCUGGCAAGGCGCAACUUGAUAGACUGGGACGGCUGGGCCAAUAAGACGCCUGACGACUUAGGCUUGGGUGGCUUGGGCUGAAUAUGUAUUUUCGUACUUCGGGAUUAUCGCUCGGGAGCCUUCACACUAGUUGGAUACGGUUCAAAACGCCGGUUUGACAGGAACAGACACCUGCUCUGUAUCGAUAGCGUGCUUUUUCAGUAAUGAAGUGAAUUAUCAAUAUUAUCUGUCUGG